GAAGCGUCCAAGUGCCGUGUGCACGGCCUUGGGCGAUUUAGGCGUUGUUUGUCUCGUGAGAUCGCGGAGGAGGUGCUCGAUUGGGAGCCAGGAGCGCAAACUGCAUUUUUUUGGUAGGGAAGUUGGUGGGCUGUGGUCCGCCUGAGGCCGGCGUCAGGCUCGCCAUCAGGAUGGGGGGCGCCGUCAGCACGGGCGAGGACAACGACGACCUGGUGGACAACCUGGUGGAGCACGCGUGCAUCACGUCGUGCCGCGUGGAGCGCGUCUUCCGCGCCGUCGACCGCGGACACUACUUCACCGACGAGUGCAGGGAGAGCGCUUAUAAGGACACGGCAUGGCGCAGCGACAACCUGCAUCUAUCAGCGCCGUGUAUCUACUCGUCGGUGAUGGAAAACCUGACACUGAAGCCCGGCCACAGCUUCCUCAACAUCGGCUCCGGCACCGGCUACGUCAGCACUAUGGUCGGGUUGAUGAUCGGCAGCCAGGGCGUCAACCACGGCGUGGAGCUGUUCCAGGACGUGAUCGACUACGCCCGACAGCGGCUGGACGAGUUCAGUCGGCACUCGUCGGCCAUCGACCAGUUCGACUUCUGUCCGCCGCAGUUUGUGUGCGGCAACGGCCUGCUGAUCGGCGUCGGCCGGCAGUAUGACCGGGUGUACUGCGGCGCCCGCUGCCCCACCUCCGAGCUGCCCUACCUCAAACAGCUGCUCAAGGUGGGCGGCGUGCUGGUGGUGCCCAUCGUGGACCACCUGAAGCGGAUCGAACGUCUCGCCGAGGACCGCUGGGACGUGCAGAACAAGCUGUCCGUCUCGUUCGCGCCGCUUAUUGAGCCUCGCGUCAGUGGACACAAGACCGAGCUGGCGAUGCCUGCCGUGAUACCCGGCUCGCUGCAGCAGCUGUGCCGCACCAGCAUCCGCGAACUGCUGCGUCAGACCCUGCUGGCCGAGCGGCCCGACCUGGUGACCAGCUGUCGGCAGCGGCCGGUGCGGCGCCGCCGCCCUCCCGACCGGCACGCCGAGCAGGCGCGGCGCAUCCAGCGCCUGGUCAGUCCGCUGCUGAACGCGGCCGUGCCGCCCGGCGCGGAGGGCGAGGCCGCCCAGGAGCUGCUGCAGGACCCGGCGCAGCUGCACCCGCUCGGCCAGAUCCUGUACGGCGCCGUGGCGCACAUGGCCGCCGACGAGUGGGAGCGGGGCUCCGGCUCCGGCUCCGGCGACGACUCGGGGCACUCGGAGGAGCCGUACGCCGAGCUGGCUGCCGGCGACGGCGAGCCGGAGCAGGAGCCGGAGCCGGACGAGGAGCGGGAGCCGGAGCAGGGACCG